AUGGCCAGUGAUGCUAGUGCUGCCCUCAACAAGGGAAUAGAAACCGUUGUGAAAGCAACUGAGGAGGACAAGAAGAAAAAUUAUGAAGAGGCUCUGCGACUUUACCAAGCGGGAUGCCAAUACAUGUUGCACGCGCUUAAAUAUGGGUGUCAUAAUGAUACGUCAAGAGAUAGCAUCAAGAACAAAGUGAAGCAAUAUUUGGAUCGAGCAGAGAAGAUAAAGAAUUAUCUGGAUUCUUCCAACAAUAGGGACGAUGUGAGUUGA